AAGGAUUAGUGGGAAACACCACGACCGAAGCAUGGCGAACCACCUUCGCUUCGUCGCCCGAACUGUUAUGGUUCAGGAUGGGAAUAUUGAUGCAGCUUACAAGGCUUUAAACAGAGUGCUCUCUGUGGACGGAAUUAUCGAGACGGUCAAACGGAGGCGCUACUAUGAGAAGCCGUGUCGUCGCCGGCAACGUGAGAGCUAUGAGAACUGCAAGAGGAUUUACCACGCAGAAAUGGCUCGCAAAAUAGCGUUCAUAUCCAAGACACAGAGGCAAGACCCGUGGGUGGGAUGUUAGGAGGAGGGAGGAACAGACAACAGAGAGCCACGGGGAAGAGCCUGACAUGAACUGACACCUCAUUCUAAAAAGGUCAUUUCAACCAGCAGAAUCUAAGUAAACAAGAAGUAGAAAAAUGGAGGGACUGACACACAACCUCAACUGCAAAAUUGCUUUUUAUGUCAAAAACACAUUCCUUUGUGUUACUAUAAUAGCCCUUCCAAGAGGGCACAUGCAGUGUUUUUCUGACACCUCUGUUGUAUGUAUUGAUGAGAAAAACUGUAGCUGUAACUGAAUCGUCAUUGUUGGUCUGUUUCCUAUAAGUUCAGCAAAUUGUCUUGCAUAAACACACUCUCUCUCUACUAGUGACUGAGAUCUGAAUGUCAGAUUAAAAGGGGGAAAAAUGUGUA